AUGAAGAAAUAUGACCGCCAACAAUGUGACGAUAAUAAGAAUGAAUUCACAAUCUACGGAGACAAUUUCUGCAAAUCUGCACAAAAAGCCUUCAAAGUAAUCAUAUCCAAUGUACUACGUCUUGCUGCUAUCAAUUCAGUCGGAGACUUCUGUCUCUUUCUUGGUAAACUUGCCGUAGUUGCCGUUACAGCUGUGAUCGGUAUUGAGGUGUUCUUCAAGAAUAUGGAUGAUGUACAUUACAAAGCCAUUCCUAUAGCGCUGGCAUGCGUAUUUGCAUAUAUUAUCAGUCACACUUUUUUAUCUGUAUAUGAGAUGACGAUUGACACAAUAUUUGUCUGCUUCUCUGAGGAUUGUGAUAUGAAUGAUGGCGUUACAAAACCAUACUUCAUGAGUAAAGAUCUCAUGAGUUACACUGACAAUGCAUCAGAAGCCACAAAUACAGAGAUGAUAGACAAGAAAACAAAGAAAUAAAAUCUACAUGUACAUGUAUGAGAACUAUUUCCAAUCAAUGGAAAAUUCAUCUCAGAAUAAAUUAUUUACAGUAUGGAGUACAAUUUUAUUUGAGAUAUUGUGAUUUUGUUUGGAGUGAUAAAUGAUUUCUCUGCAGUUUGACAAAUUUAUAGUUGACAACAAUUAUUGAUACUAGAUGUAAUUCCACCAUGACCAUUGAAUCAUAACACUACAUUUGUGAUGCACUAUUUCCGACCCCUAGGAAUGUUUGGAUUUGAUAAUUAACACUGACACAACAAUAAUGCUACAACAUUUUGUG